AUGAAAUAUUUUCCACUUAUUUUUGGGGUAUUUUUUGUCUCUUUUAUUCUAUGUAAUGAUUAUGAGGACGGUCUCUUCCUGGCUCGAAUAACUGGUUUCGAUGACUUUGAUGCUCGAAUAAUAGGCCGUCGUUAUGGCUUCGAAGCUUUGAGAAAACUUCAAUCGUAUGACGACGUCUACAUCGGAAGACGUCUUCAAAGAAGAAAAAGGAGUAUUGAAGACGAGAUUCUAUCGGAUAUGCUGUUCAACCAUCAACUGACAUUCAUAUCAAAACUGUACAGAUUCAGCAGAUACAAGAGAACUCCUGUAACGAUGAAAGGCACUCCAAUUCAUUUGUGGAAUCUCCUUCCAUCGAUGAGAAUUCGAGAAGCUUGGGAAGCUGGAUUCAAUGCAAGCCGGGUUACUGUAGCAGUCGUUGACGAUGGAGUUGAUGUGGCUCACGUGGACUUACGAACCGCCUUCUCACCAGAUGUCUCUUUCGAUUUCGUGAAAUUCGGAAGUCUUCCAAUCCCUGCUGUUUCAAAGGAUACACAACACGGCACUCAAUGUGCUGGUCUCGUUGCAAUGGAAGGGAACCAAUGUGGUCUUGGAGUAGGUCACGGAGCAACACUCGGAGCAAUCAGACUUCUCGGACAAGACACAUUGAAUGAUGCUCUGGAAGGAGAUGCGUUGGCAUUUCAGAAGAACUUGAUCGACAUUUACUCCGUUAGUUGGGGUCCAAAAGAUGAUGGAUUGACUGCUGAAAAACCAGCAACAUUUACCCAAGAAGCCAUUCGAAACGGAGCAAUUCAUGGAAGGAAAGGACUGGGAAAUAUAUUUGUUUGGGCGAGUGGAAAUGGAGGAAUAAACGGGGAUAAUUGUGCGUUGGACGGCUAUGUCAGCAAUGAGUAUACGAUCAGCUUCGGAGUUGUUGACUCCACUGGUGCUCCAGCCUCUUAUGCCGAAGGAUGUUCAUCUGUUUUGGCAGCAGUUUCAGGAGGAGAUUCUAUGAUUCAAACAACUGGAUUGGAAUCCAAAUGCUCCGUGAUAUCUGGAUCAUCAGCAUCUGCUGCAAUCGCCUCUGGAGUAAUUGCCCUCGCUCUUGAAGCCAAUCCAACUCUCUCUCAACGUGACAUCCAACACCUCAUUGUUCAUACCGCUAAUCCCUCCGCAAUUCGUGACAUCACAUUUUCUGAAAAUGCUGCCGGUCUGAAAUUCCAUCCAAGCGUAGGAUUCGGACUUCUAGAUGCCCAAAAACUUGUGGAAAGAGCAGCGACGUGGCAGAAUGUUGGAGAACAAAAAGUAUGCCGAAAAACCAAAUUGUUGUCAGGAGACAUUGAUGUCACUGAUUGUAUUGACGUCACCAGAACGGAGAGAGUGAUUCUCACCGGUUCAGUUAUUCAUCCACAUCGAGGACAAGUCAGAAUGCACAUCGAGUCUCCACAUGGCACAGUAUCCGAACUUCUACCACUUCGUUCAAAAGAUGAAUCUUCUGAUUUGUUGGAAUGGGACUUCGUGUCUGUUCACUUUUUUGGCGAAUCACCAAAAGGAGUUUGGAAGUUAAAAGUCAUAAGUGAAGAAGAUUUGAGAGACCCAGAAUCUUUCCGAGUGAAACUCACAGAAUUCAAGAUAACAGGAACAUGA